GCUUAAAGGCAGCAGGGACCAUUCGAUCAUCCAAUCUGGCCAUUGUAUUUCACCCAGUUCCCCCACCACCCCAGCUGCUCUAGGGGUGAGGUGCAGAAGGGUGGGACAGGUGCACUGGCCACUGCGUGGGGUGGUCAGUUUCGCCCUAGAAGGAUUAACCCCAUAGAGGUCUCAGAUCCUCCAGCUCUCCCGGUGGGGAUGAGGAAAUAUAGUGCAGGGCAGGAGGGGAUUUAAUGCAGCAAGGACCUUCCUGUUGCCUGAAUCCUGGUGGUGCCUGAGCUCUGCUGCUGGCAGCCCCUGCUGCCUGGAUCCCCCAACUCCGGUGGGGACGCCCCUCUGCCCGCAGAGCCCAAGACACUCAAGCAUCCCCCAGCAGGAGCGGGCUACAUGCACCCUGGAGCAACUGCUCAUGGAGCAGCAGCUGUGCUCAACCCCAGAGGGGACGCACCAGAACAGAGAGACUCAUGACCACCCUCUAUGGCUAGAUGAUGGUGGUGGUGGUAAGGUUGUGUGAUCCUAAUCCUGACACCAUCUCUCUCAUGGAAUGCAGGGAAGAACCCUGUGUCUCAAUUCUCCCGGACCCCAGCGAAUGGCUGAAUCAAAGAGGUGCCAGCAAAGCAGAUCACCAGAUCCUGAGCCAAACUGCAGAGGAGACCCCGCUGCAGGAGGGCGCAGGAAAAGCGGAGUCGCGCGGGGCGUCAGCAGAGAGAACUGGAGGGGACGUCUCGCAGCAGAUCCAGCCUGGGGCAGGGGGAAACCCUGUGGAGCAAGAUCACCUUCCCUCCACCACCCUACGGGGGGCCAGGCAACCCAGAGGGGAUGUCACCCAGCAGAGUCUGUGCGGGCCUGAGGAAAACUCCACAGAGUGGGAUCUCCAAGACAUCGCUACCAGGAGACCUGGAGAGGACAUCUCCCAGCAGAGCUUGUGUGGGGCCGGGGAAAACCCCACUGAGCGGGAUCUCCUAGACCCACCGGCAUCCCGGCAUCCCAGCGCCUGCGCCGACUGCGGGAAAACCUUCAGCCUGAGCUCGAACUUGCUGCGUCACCGUCGCGCCCACCUGGGUCAGAAGCCCUACCGGUGCGUUGAAUGCGGCAAGGCCUUCGCCCAGAGCCAGCACCUCCUGGCCCACCAGCGCGUCCACACGGGCGAGCGUCCCUUCCUCUGCACCCAGUGCGGGAAGAGCUUCUCCCAGAGCCAGCACCUGCGCACCCACCGGCAGAUGCACUGGGGCCAGCGGCCCCACCAGUGCCCCGAGUGCGGGCAGAGCUUCAGCCAGACCUCCAACCUCCUCAAACACCGCAGAGGCCACCUGGGCCACAAACCUUUCCGGUGCGCCCAGUGCGGCAAAGGGUUCGGGGAGAGCUCCACCCUGAUCCGCCACCAGCGCACCCACACCGGCGAGCGGCCCUACCGCUGCCCGGCCUGUGGCCGGGCUUUCAGCCAGAGCUCCAACCUCCUCAAGCACCAGCGCACCCACACCGGCGAGCGGCCCUACCGCUGCGAGCAGUGCGGCAAAGCCUUCGGCAAGAGCUCCGCCGCCAUCCUGCACCAGCGCACCCACACCGGCGAGCGGCCCUACCCCUGCCCCCAGUGCGGCAAGCGCUUCAGCCAGCGGCCCCACCUGGCUGCCCACUGCCGCGUCCACACCGGCGAGAAGCCCUUCGCCUGCCCCCAGUGCGGCCGCAUCUUCAGCCAGAGCGCCACGCUGAGCCGGCACCGCCGCACGCACCGGCGGGAGGGGAAGCAGGCGGGGGAGGUGCCCCGGUCGGGAGAAGACGAGGGUUUGGAGGAGGCAGCGCCGGGCGAGAGCAGUGCACGGCGGGGGGAGCGCGCGGCCGGGGAGCACCAAUACGGCUACUCCGGCCUGUGACAUACCUUGGGCUGCGGAAACAAUGUCGCAGAUGUAAAGACCAUGUAACCUCCCAGUUACCACUAGAAGGCACCAGCCCCCACUCUGAGUGUGGGUUAAAUCAGCUUCUCUUCUAAUGGUUGAUUUAAAGCAGCAGGCCACACGGACUUAAACAGAAAGACUGCGUGAGAUAAUAUUCCUGGCACUUUAAAA